ACUUUAAAUUUUUUCUGAAAUCAAAAUCUGUGUGGACGAAUCAUCCCCUGUGAGAAGCCUUCUUCAAUCCUACGCAUCGUUCUCUCAUUUCACCGAUUUGUUUCUUGCCCUUUUCCUUUGAACCAAAUCAUCUCCACGUGAUCGGUUUUGCUUUCCUUUUUUUUUAUACAAAAUUAGGGUUUUUGAUUUUGUUCUAAUCCGAUUUCAAUUAAGAUCGGUGAUGCAAUUAGAAGGCGUGUGAUUUAAAAAGAUCUGAAGACUUGAUGCCAGGACUUGCGUUGCGUGGGUUCCGAGACAAUUGUUGAUGGAAAGAGAAACAGAGCCAAGUUUGUCGGAAAAUUCGAGAAGAAGCGAUCGAGAAGAUGUGAAGAUUAUAGAGUGGGAAGAAUUCGACCAUGAGCUCACGAGGUUAUGGAGUCUUUCUUCUGCUCUGAAGUUAGCCACAGAGAAGAAGCAAAUCCUUCAGCCCAAACUUGAGUCUCUUAUUCAGGUUAGUACUGAAUCAUUGAGACGCACUAAUGAGCUUGAAGAAAUGCGUCAGAGGCUGGAAGCAAGAAAAUUGCUGGUGGACAAUACAUCAGUUGCUUGCAAAGUUACUGAGCAGGAUGUUAAAAAGAAAGAGGAGCUUCUUAGUACAGAAGUGAGAUCUUUGCUAGUAGGCGGCACAACUCUUUCCAUCGCUAAAAGCAAAUUGCAGGAGUCAAACUGCCAACUAGAAGGUGAAAGUGGUUAUGCACAUCUAAAGAUUGUAACGAAUAAGCUGAGAAAGAGGCAGCAGUACAUGAUAUCUCAAGUUUCAUUUAUAUAUCCCUUGAAGAUUGAGGCUGGACCUUCACAAGACCAAGAACUGGAAUCAUUUCCAGGUGGCAGUAGAUUAGUAACUAAGCCUCUGAGUCAAGGAUCCGUGAGAAUUCUGGGGUUGCCUUUUAGUAUGGCCCCGUUUACAAAGAUGAGCUUCUUCACCGACAAGAAAGAAGUUCAGAAGUUGGCAACUGCCCUAGGAUAUGUAGCCCAUGCCGUGUCCCUAAUAGUUCCUUACUUGAGAGUGCCUAUUCGUUAUCCUUUGCGCCUUGGUGGUUCGAAAACAUACAUUCGAGACUAUGCACCUUACAUUGAGCCUUCAUCAUCAGACAUGUCUCUAAUUUCCACUCUUUCCCAAAAUUCUAAAUUCGUAGAGUUCCCUCUGUUUCUGGAUGGUCAAGAUACAACUCGAGCUGCCUAUGCUGUCUUUUUAUUAAACAAGAACAUUGAGCAACUCUUAAACUUUGUGGGGGAAGAUAGUCUAGGACCACGUCAGGUUCUAGCAAACCUGAAGGAGCUGAUCCGAAUCAUCCAAUCUCCAGAUUAUAUCAAUUAUUUAUGAUGAUAAUGAUGAUGAUGAUGAAGAAGA